AAGCUUGCCCUCUUCUCACUUGUUCCCUGUCACGUUCUCUCUAAGCCUUUUUCUAUGUAAAGCGAAACAACUCAACUGCCACCUCCAUACCAAAGCAAAAUCGAUGCUCCACAAAACCCACAGACCCACAGAAUUCAUGGUCACCCACUACACAAAGACAAAUCUACAUAUCAACACAGUAUCACUAUCUUUUCAUAACUCUGUAACAAUUUUUAUUAUUAUUUGUAUAUGAUACUGCUUCGUCAUGGAAGAAGAAUGUGUUCAUCAACAAAACGUGGCUGGUAAUAAGUCCAAUUUCCCGCUACAGCUGCUGAAGAAAAAGGAUGAGGGACCACCACCAUCACCACCGCCGAGCGCCGCCAAGGCCAAGCGACCACCGACGAAGGACAGACACACCAAGGUGGAGGGGCGGGGGCGGCGGAUCCGGAUGCCGGCGGCUUGCGCGGCGAGGGUGUUCCAGCUGACGCGCGAGCUCGGCCACAAGUCCGACGGUGAGACCAUCGAGUGGCUGCUCCGGGAGGCCGAGCCCGCUGUCAUCGCCGCCACUGGCACCGGCACCAUCCCGGCGAACUUCACGUCGCUGAACAUCUCCCUCCGCAGCUCCGGCUCCUCCCUCUCCUCCCCCUCCCACUACUUCCUCAACCGCCGGAACAAUCUUUACAAUCACAACAACCACCCCUUAGUCACAACAACACCCAUAUUUUCUUCUUCUGAAUCGUGUUUUAAAUCAUACCCAAGUUUUAGUUUCGCGGAAGAUUCUAAAAGGUCCUCUUUUUCCGACUCCUCUUUCGCGAAUAACUAUUAUUCGCGAAAGAGGAGGCACGAGGUGAUUUCGCACGUGGGAAGUUGUUGUUCGUCUCAGAUGUGUACGGACUCCGUUCCCGCCAUGAUGGGUGGCGCUGAUUCAGUUUGGGCCAUUCCCUCUGUGGCUUCUUCUUCUGCGAGUGGCAUUCCUUUUAUGAAUUUUGCUUCGCUGUUGACCGGUCAACACGUGGGUGGUGCAACGCUGAGUAGUGAAACCAACUUCAAUGUGCUUGCAACGCUUAAUGCGUAUUCCGGCCAACAACAUCAACAUCGCCAUGAAGGAGAAGAAACACACUACUAAUCUAUCAAUCAAGGUUAAAUUCUCCCUUUAGAUUCAUUUUUCUUUAAACAUUCACAGUAGAUCAAGGGGAAAAGUGAAAUAAACAUUUUUUUUAUAAACUAAAAUUAACUUAUUUAUAUCUU